AUGGUCGUCAAAGGAAUCCAGCUCGGUCUGCGGAUCUGGGAGUUCCUUUGGACUCUGCUCAUCAUGGCACUCAUCGGUAACAUGAUCGCCGAAGCAUUCGCUGGAAACCCCGCGACCGUCAACUACGCCAUGUUCGUCUCGGCCUUCUCGAUGUUCACCCUCUUCUAUCUUAUCCCAGCGUCGAUCAACAUGGACUGGGCCAUCCACCCAGUCUUCGUGAUCGUUAUCGACACGCUCAACGCAAUUUUCUUCCUCACAGCGGGAAUUGCUUUGGCCGCGAAACUGGAAUGCCACAGCUGCGGCAACAAUGCCUACACGCUCAGCAACGAAAUCACCAACGGAUCCCGUAACCGUGGGAAGCGCUGCCGGGAGGCUCAAGCCUCGACGGCAUUCCUCUGGUUCGCCUGGGCCGGAUAUACCGCCUCGAUGGUCCUCUCGAUCGUCGCGUCUCGCCAGACGGGUGUCAACCUCCGUGGCCGCACUGGUCCGGCCCGUGGAGUCACUCGUCCCAGCAUGGCCCAGGUGUAAGCCGGUGGACUCCACCCCCAAGGACGAUAACCCUCAGCCUGGAUUCUGAAAAUACGACACGAAAUCAAAUAAUGCACGGAACGGAAUUGAAUAAAACGAGUGACGAUCUUGUCGAGUACAACCAACCAACCAACCAACCAUCGGAACGAAAACGACAUGAAAUGCGCGCUGAUCCUGGCUGAAGGGGCUAACUAACCUUCAAUACUAUACGCACCCAUAACCGGACAUGUCCGGUCUGGCGAUAAUUUACUACUAAUUCGAAGAAUAAUCCUGGGAUAU